AUGUCCAAUCCCAACACCAACCAGGGGUUGUUGUCAAGGACAGCUAGUCCGUCUCCGGACCGUGGACCUAUGAUGCUUGGGGUAACUUCUAUGCUGAUGGUUGUUUCUACAAUUGUGUACAUCGCUCGCACUUGGGUGCGGGCUCAGCGUCGAGUUAAGUUGGGCUUAGAUGACGCUCUACUUUUGCUGUCUUAUAUACUCAUUGCGGCCGACUAUGGGUUGGUUGUGAGCGAGAUCACCCACGCGGGACUGGGCAAACCUAUUGUUUUAAAUAUGAUCAAUGAUCCUACUAGCCUUACCAGGUUCAUGAAGCUGCUCUACACUCAACAAAUCUUUUUCCCAUUUCCGAUAACAACCAUCAAAUUCAGCUUUCUUGCAAUGUUCUGGCGCAUGUUCCCUACCAAGUUCAUGAAGUGGGCAACCAUUGUUCUCUCCAUAUUCUUCACCAUGUGGCUUAUAGCAGUCGUCGUCCCAACCAUUUUCCAAUGCUACCCUGUCGAUAAGAUGUGGAAUCGCAUGAUGCCCACAGGGUUUUGUAAUCCAGGCAUCGCACUGUGGAUUCAAUGGAUUGACAGUGUUCCGCAACUUCUGAGCGACAUCUUCCUCUUCUUGCUCCCGAUUGUCGAGGUCAAACGACUGCAUGCCUCCAAAGGCACCAAGGCGGGUAUCAGCGCCAUCUUUGCUUUGUCGUCCUUAAGUAUUAUCGGUAGAAUCAUGGUUUUAGUGGAGGGUGUCAAGACAACCAACAGGGGCCAAGAAGUUGAUAUCACAUCCUUCUUGACUUGGACCGGUCUCUCUGCAGCAGAAAAGUCGAACAAAAUUUCAGACAGGGACAUCAUUACAUUUGGACAAAUGGGAAGACGAGACGACGUCAACCGCAAAUACCGAAGUAACUCGUCUCAACGAAAUUUGUACCAUGAUGCGACGGUGUUGUCAGAUAACUUAGUAUACAGUCGCUCGUUCGAGCUAUUAGAGGACGAUGAAGCCAACAACACGUCUUUUAGAUCGGAGGCCACAAGAAACCAGCAUAUCCAUACCUUCCAGGUAUCACACGAGGCGGUGUCUCGCCAAGUCACCUCACCUAACGCUAUCAAUGUCAGCACGGAUUUCCGGUGGAAUGAAAACAGGCAGCCUGUAGCUCAACUUGAUCCCAACGCCACAGGGGUUGCAAACGGAAGCACACAAAUGGCACCGCGGCCAUUGUGA